CGGCCCAGUGUGGCUCAGUGGCCCCUCCAUCGGGAUCGGAUCGACAGCCGCCCGUCGUUCUCACGGAGGCCUUCCAGGAGUUGCCUCCCGGGUCUCGGUGCCGAGAUUGGCUGUCAGGAGCCCUGCGCGCUCACCACCAGGGGGGCCGGGGGGGCCGUGCCUGGCCGGGCACGGCGCCGGAGCACAGCUGUGGCGUCCCCCAGCGGUGGGCGCAGCCUCCAGCCGCGAGGGGAGACCCACCACGGAGGCCGAGGCGGAGGAGGCCGAGGAUGACCUCGGCGGCUACAUUGACACGAGGCACUUCGAGGAGAUCGACUCGACCCACAGCUACAUCUGAAGAGCAAGAAGUGGUAUGAGCAUAAGCUUUCGGAGGUCUGCGCGGCCCUCCGAAAGGUUAUGUUUCUGUCGCUCCUUGUUCUCCUGUACGUGGAGCGCGAGGUAGGGUCCUUCGACCUGGAGAAACUCACAGUGGUGAGCACCGACUUCCAGACCGCCGGGCGGGGCACCAGGGACAGGAGCUGGCAGGCGAUGCGGGGGAAGAGCGUGCUGAUCAAUUUCUGUUUCCGCUUCCCCGAGGACUGCCCGACCAGCUUCGUGAAUCAGAACGUGCCCAACGUUACCAAGGUGGCCGCCUGCGCCGCGGUGGACUGCCUGAGGGAGGCCGCGGCAGGCGUGCGAGACCCCGAGGGCGAGGAGCUCCGUUUCGGCGUGAAGUGGCCCAACGACAUCGUCGUGAACGGACGGAAGAUUGGGGGCAUCCUCGCGCGCGCGAUUCCCUCCCCUGGGGCCCGGCUGGACGUGGCCAUCAUAGGCGUGGGCAUCAACGUGAACACGCCCCAGGAGGAGCUGGACGCCCUGGAGCGAGCCGUGUGGCCCGCCACGUCGCUGAAGGCCGUCGCCGGCGGAGUCGCCGACUUCGACGUGGCGGCGCUGCGGCAACGUUUCGCCAGGAACUUCGCGACGGAGCUUCCAGCCUUCUUCCGCGGAGGUUUCGCUGCCUUCCGAGAGCGCGUGAACAGUCUUGAGGCCCUGAUGGGGACAUCUGUGCGUUUCCGCGUUCACGAGACCAACGUCGUGGAUGGCACGUUCGAGGGAGUCGAUGACACAGGCUGUAUUCUGAUCAGAGAUAGCAGCGGAACCACAAAUUCAUACCCGUCUGGCGAGAUCAUCCCGCCCUCAGUUGAUGAGUGAGGUGCGUUCACGGGCGUGGCGAGCGCGUGCUCUGUAGGGUGAUCACCAGGUGCUGGUGGAUCAUCAUAGGAGGCAGUGGCUCGCUAAAAAAGGCAAUCAGCAUCACAGACACGACCGUCGGCAGCGUCUUCCAGCCGAUUUUUGCUUUUGGCCUGAGCCCGAUGCCCCGCCGGCUCGGUCAACAGCUCCAGCGGGAUGGGAGGAGAAGGCUGAGGUGCAGG